UUUGCAAACCAGGCUCUCCUCGCCAGCAGUCGGGGCAGCUUUGGGACGGGUCCCGCAGCUGCCCCGAUGGGUACGGACGCGGAUGGCGACGCUUUCGUGCCCUCCACGUUCAGCUCGCCUUUCUCCGCGGUCCCAGCCUCGGCUAGAGGGAGGCUGCAGACAUACACUCAGGGAAUCCUACCUGCCCCUUACUCCAGGCAAACCUCCCAGAACUACAGCCUGGAGGGCGGACAGAUAGCCAACUCUGCGAUAGAGCUGCAGAGAUCAAGACGAAGACUCGUCUCUCAGCGCUCUUCGCUUGAAACGCUAGAGGACAUUGAGGAGAAUGCUCCUCUACGAAGAUGCCGAACCCUAUCGGGUUCACCCCGACCAAAGAGCUUCAAGAAGAUCCACUUCAUAAAGAACAUGAGGCAACAUGAUAUGCGCAAUGGAAGGAUAGUCCUUAUCAGUGGCAGAAGAUCCUUCUAUAGUGUAUUUUCUGUCCUGCCCUAUCGAGAUUGUAGCCAAGCAGGGGAUGUAAAGCCGGAAGGAGGGCGUCAGCGGCACCCGUCAGGAGGCGUCAGUGCCAAGGAGAUGGUGAUUGGGCUGGAAGGAGUGGAGCUGGGAGCUGAUGGAAAGACUGUGUCCUACACCCAGUUCCUGUAUCCCACUAAUGUGCUGGGUGGUCGAAGAAACACCAUCGACUCCACCUCGUCCUUCUCUCAGUCCCGUAACGCCAGCCAUAGAAGCCUCAGUUUGGGCCGAGCCAACAGCAACCAGAGCAGCUUAGACACAGGGAAUGACUUGGGGGACUUUCGCGAAUACGACCCCAAUCUGCUGGAUGACCCGCAGUGGCCUUGUGGAAAACACAAGAGAGUCCUCAUCUUCCCCUCCUACAUGACUACGGUCAUUGAAUACGUCAAACCCUCUGACCUCAAGAAGGACAUGAACGAAACCUUCAAGGAGAAAUUCCCCCACAUAAGGCUCACACUCAGCAAGAUUAGGAGCUUGAAAAGGGAGAUAAGAAAGUUGGCCCAGGAUGAAUGUGCUUAUGAGGAACCGACCGUUGCAAUGGCUUUUGUCUACUUUGAAAAACUUGUUCUUCAAGGCAAACUAAACAAGCAGAAUCGUAAACUCUGCGCUGGAGCCUGUGUACUUCUGGCGGCCAAGAUCGGGGGUGAUCUCAAGAAACACGAGGUCAAGCUACUGAUCGACAAACUGGAGGAGAGGUUCAGAGUGAACCGCAGAGAGCUGAUAGCCUUUGAGUUUCCCGUCCUGGUGGCGUUAGAGUUCAACCUGCACCUGCCAGAACACGAGAUCAUGCCCCACUACAGACGCCUGCUGCAGACUUCCUAGCAUUAGCGACCCAUCAGGGGGAUGACCACCAGGUUCUCCUCCUGAUCCUCUGCUACCCGCGGUAUCCAUCCUCCCACCUCUCUCCUCGUCCCAGACCGACCGCUCUAAGGUACCGCUGGCUGUUGCUCAGCUGCAGUCACUCAUCACUACCAACAAACCCGCUCAUUCCUCUCUCUGAGACCUGAAAGCAGCCAAAGGGACGACACAUUUCCAAAACCUUUCUCCGUUUGUUUGACUUCUUCGUUCAUCAUCACUACAACAGUCUCCUGAAAGAAAAGGGUUAAACUGUCUGCAAACAGAACAAAGUUGUUUUUCUAGUUUGCAUGUUUUCACACGUCUUCAUCUUCACUUUGUACAUUUUAGACCUCUCUUGUUGAUUAAGAGAACUUGAAUCGGAUGGUGAACUUUUUUUUUCUCUCAGUUCAAGCAACCAAUGAUUGUAAACAGUUUUUUUUAUCAUCUCUUUUCAUUAAUCUCCUUCUUGUAAACUUUGGUAUGAUUGGUUGCCUCCUGACCUGCAUCAAAAUUUAAACAAAAGCCUUUUUAAGUGGCUGGUUUUGGCUGGACUUGUAUUCCUCAGAGUGACUCAUCUUUUUCGCAAGUCAUCGUCUUAAAAGUGCACUUUCUGAAUAUUGCGAGACGUGGGGGGAAGGGGGCUUUUUUUCAGACUUUUAAUGAGCUUGGGAACUAACCCUGAAAAAUAAGCUGUGUUCAUAAGCACCACACACACAAGUCAUUUGAAUGGACCUUUUUGAAUUGUUUUUCUCUCUCUUAUGGUUUAUUCACAAUUUUCUAGCAACAACUAUCUGCAUGAAUAGUAUUGAUUAUUUGUACACAGGUACUUGCAGACAAGAUGUGACUUCCAAUUUUCACUGAAGUAUUCCAUUCAUUUUCUACCAGUCAAAUGCUUGCUAUUUACCUAUGGAGACCAGACCCACUUUUAUCAGUGUCGAAUUUCCUGUGCUCUAUGUUAGAGUGUAUUGCUAGCACGUUUACGGUGCUAUAAUGGGGGUCAGGAAGGUAGUUUUGAAGUUCAUGAGUGCAAAAAUGCCAUUAAGCAGUGAUCAGGGUAAGCAGCAGGGUUGCUCUAGUGUUAAGAGGAAAAAAUGUCAUGUCACCUGUUGGGUGUGGGCUAAGACCCUGCUGAAGUGUUCUUGAGCAAGAGUCCAUACAGGCUUGAGGCACACUUCUCUUUAGCUGACCUGACCUCUGACCUCUCUAAGAAACCUAAACAAGAUCUGAACGGAGAUGAACAUUUGCAUAUAACUUGAAUCAGCAAUUGUUGAUUUAAAAAGUGUUAUUCCAUUAAUUUGGCAUGUAUCUAUACUUGAUUUUCAAACAGUGCCGCCGAGUAUUGCGAGGCCACCAAAUCAGGAACGUACAGCGUGGCCUGCUUGAAAAAAAAAAUGUAUAAAAAAAAGGUAUUUCAUGCUGCUCCAAGUAUUGCUGGUAUUUGAGUUGAAAUGAU